CCCAAAACGUGACCGUGGAUGAAGUGAUCAGUGCCUACAGGCAGGCCUGCCAGAAGCUGAACUGCCGACAGAUCCCCAAGCUCCUCAGGCAGCUGCAGGAGUUCACGGACCUCCAGGAGCGCAUCAACUGCCUGGACCUGAAAGGGGAGAAGCUUGACUACAAGACCUGUGAGGCUCUGGAGGAGGUCUUUAAGAGGCUGCAGUUCAAGGUUGUGGACCUGGAGCAGACCAACUUGGAUGAAGACGGUGCCUCAGCCCUAUUUGACAUGAUUGAGUACUACGAGUCGGCACAAGCUGCCUACAGUACCUAGAUGCCCGCAACACACCCCUGCUGGACCACUCUGCACCCUUUGUGGCCCGCGCCCUACGCAUCCGCAGCAGCCUGGCGGUGCUGCACCUAGAAAAUGCGAGCCUGUCUGGGCGUCCCCUCAUGCUGCUGGCCACAGCCCUGAAGAUGAAUAUGAAUCUCCGGGAGCUCUACUUGGCAGACAAUAAGCUCAACGGCCUGCAGGACUCAGCCCAGCUGGGCAAUUUGCUCAAGUUCAACUGCUCCCUGCAAAUUCUCGACCUGCGUAACAACCACGUGCUAGACUCAGGUCUGGCCUAUAUCUGCGAGGGGCUCAAGGAGCAGAGGAAGGGACUGGUGACCUUGGUGCUGUGGAACAACCAGCUCACACACACAGGCAUGGCCUUCUUGGGCAUGGCGCUGCCGCACACACAGAGUCUGGAGACCCUGAACCUGGGCCACAACCCCAUUGGGAAUGAGGGCAUGCGCAACCUCAAGAAUGGGCUCAUCAGCAACCGGAGCGUGCUGCGCCUCGGCCUGGCCUCAACC